CCCAAUCAGUGCCUGCUGACAGCCCUGCCAGGAAGAGAACUUGCUGUCCUCACCCCCCACAAAGACCCAUGGAGUGUCCAGACCCUUGAUGAGAACAGUCUGGAAAGAAGUGCUCACAAUUGGGCCUGCCACCCUGAGACUGGACAGGGGCUGGGAGACCCUCCCACCCUGCAACCACCUGGACACUGAGCAUCAGGGCCAAGGGCAGGAUCUGCUCGGGUGAUGGCAUGGCACAGACACUUAGAAUCCCAAGGCCACCAAUUAUCCCAGACACCAUGGGUGAAUCCCCCUUCCAGGAGAAUCUGCAGGUCCCAGGUGACCUCGCAGGGCAGAGGAGCCCGUGUUGUCUGUAAUUGGAAACACCUCUAGAUGCUGAGACUCGUCCCAGCUGAGAAACCUGUGCAGCUUCCUCAUGCCUCACUGCAGGUGAGAGGAAGGUCCUGGCAGGAGGAGGAGGUUCCGGCUGCUGGGCAGGAGAGCCUCUGGGCCUGGGCCAGACUUCCCCUUCUGCUGGACAGUGCCUGCCUGCUGGCCUGACGUGUGCAGCUCUUCUCCCAUGCUGCGCCCUCCACGCUCCACAGCCCCAGGCACCUGGCCCUUGGGGACUGCAGGAGUGGCUUGGGCAGGGCUGGUCCCCAGGGCCUGCCCCAGCCCGCUGCCGCCUCCCAUCUGCCCAGUGCUCUGCUUAUCGGGUAACCAGAGCCAGCAGCCUCCUCCACGCCUGAAAUAGGAAGCCCCGCUGGGCCUGUUCAGGAGCUGCCACCAAGAGCCAGGGCCAGAGGAUGGCGGAGCAGCAGGCGAUAGCGGCCGCCAAGGACGGGGAUGUGGCCACCUUGGAGCGGCUGCUGGAGACUGGCGCCCUGGGCCCAGGCAUCACUGAUGCUCUGGGGGCUGGUCUGGUGCACCAUGCCACCCGAACGGGCCAUCUGGACUGCGUCAAGUUCCUGGUGCAGCAGGCCAAGCUGCCCAGUAACCAGCGGGCCCACAAUGGUGCCACACCCGUGCACGAUGCAGCCGCCACAGGCAGCCUGGCCGAGCUGUGCUGGCUGGUCCGAGAGGGAGGCUGCGGGCUGCAGGACCAAGAUGCCUCAGGCGUCUCCCCGCUGCACCUGGCUGCCCGCUUUGGACACCCAGCGCUGGUGGAGUGGUUGUUGCAAGAGGGCCAUGAGGCCACGCUGGAGACACUGGAGGGCGCACUGCCACUGCACCACGCUGCCAUCAGUGGGGACCUGACCUGCCUGAAGCUCCUAGUGGCUGUCCACCGCAGCAGUGUGAACCAGAGGACAUGCAGCGGCGCCUCCCCACUCUACCUGGCCUGCCAGGAGGGUCACCUGCACCUGGCCCAGUUCCUGGUGAAGGACUGCGGAGCUGACGUGCACCUGCGGGCCCUCGAUGGCAUGAGUGCGCUACAUGCUGCUGCCGCCCGCGGCCACUACUCGCUGGUUGUCUGGCUGGUCACGUUCACAGACAUUGGCUUAACCUCGCGGGAUAACGAGGGGGCCACGGCGCUGCACUUUGCAGCUCGCGGAGGCCACACACCCAUCCUAGACCGGCUCCUGCUGAUGGGCGCCCCGAUCACGAGAGACUCCUGGGGUGGGACGCCCCUCCACGACGCGGCAGAGAAUGGGCAGAUGGAGUGCUGCCAGACCCUGCUCUCCCACCAUGUGGACCCCUCCCUGCGGGAUGAAGACGGGUACACAGCCACAGACCUGGCAGAGUACCAUGGACAUUGGGACUGUGCCCAGUAUUUGCGGGAGAUGGCCCGGCCGGUGCCAGUCCUGAUGACGCCCCCACCUCCUCCAUUCCCACCUCCUCCACUGUCAGCUGCGAGGCGCUCCUCGGAGGACAGAAUAAGCGGGAACUCGGGGCUCCGGAGCCCCGCCUCAGCGACUCUCAGCCCGUCCUGGCCUCACCAACCUGAUCAGCCUGUCCCAAGGGAGCAGAUGGCUGGCACAGCCCCCCCACAGAUCACCACCAGUGCCCUGGCUGCCCCUGAGGGGGCGGAGUCGGCAGUGGAGGACGCCCCUGAUGGCUUGGCUGCGCUGCAGCUGGACGGUGUGCCCUCGGGCGACCUGGACGGGCUGGUGCCCACGCGGGACGAACGCGGCCGGCCCAUCCCCGAGUGGAAGCGGCAGGUGAUGGUGCGGAAGCUGCAGGCGCGCCUGGGCGCAGACCGCGCUCGCGAGGCCCAGGAGGACGGUGGGAGCCCAGGCCCCACGGGACAGGCGGCCUGGCGGUACUCACAGGCCCAUCAGGCGGUCCUGGGCCCCUUUGGGGAGCUGCUGACGGAGGAUGACCUGGUGUACCUGGAGAAGCAGAUCGCAGACCUGCAGCUGCGGCGCCGUUGCCAGGAGUGCGAGAGUGAGCUGGGCCAGCUGGCCGCUGAGCUGCAGGCCCUGCUGCCCGAGCCCCUGGUCAGCAUUACCGUCAACAGCCACUUCCUGUCCCGGGCUCCCAGGCUGGAGGAAGACAAGGCCCCAGCCCUGGUGGCUGAACCCACAGACUUGGCGGAGACUGGGGAGGCUGUGCCUGGCGGGCAGCCCCUGCCCUUCUGGUGUAGCCACAUCAGCCGCCUGGUGCGCAGCAUGUCCCUGCUGCUGAAGGGGGUGAACAGGCUGGUGCAGAGCGAGGAGAAGCUGGCCACCCAGGCCCUGCAGGAGCCCCGCAGGGAUGCCCCAGCCAGGCCCCCUUGCAGUGAGGCCCAGCGCGAGAUCCAGGAAUGGGGGGUGUCUGUGCGGGUGCUGCGUGGCAACUUCGAGUCGGCCCCUGGACAGUCCUGCGCCUCAGGCCUGGGCCCCUGUGAAUUGGCGACCCAACCCGGGCAGUGCCUGAGAGGCUGCUGGCCAGCUCCCCUGCAGCCCCGAGGCAGCCCGACGGGAAGGGGACCAGGGCCAGGUGACACGGAGGAGGCCAGCGACUCAGGCAUCAGCUGCGAGGAGGCCCCGUCGGAGGCGGGCGCCGUGCCCAGCCUGGACGCAGCCGGCCUGCGCAAGGAGCGCAUCGUCAUGCUGUUCCUCAGCCACUGGAAGAAGGCAGCCUACACCCCCGCCCUCAAGAAGGCUGCCCGCAGGACUCUGGAGGCCCACCGAGCUGGGCCACGGGGACGGGAGGUGGCCGGGGGCCCGCGGCCACCCUCCAGGCUGCCCAGCGAGGGCCCCCAGCUGGGCCACCUGUGGCAGCAGCAGAGCAUCAUCACCCACCUGCUGGGCAACUGGAAGGCCAUCAUGGCACAUGUGCCAGCCCGGCGGCUGCGGCGGCUGAGCCGGCGGCUCCGCGGUCCCCUGUCCCCUGAGCAGUUCCUGCCCCACGUGGACGGGGCGCCCGUGCCCUACAGCAGCCUCUCACUGGACCUCUUCAUGCUAGGCUACUUCCAGCUCCUGGAGUGCGACCUGCCCGCUGAGGAGCGCAAGAUGCGCCACCUGCUGUGCUUUGAGGUCUUUGAGCACCUGGGAGCCCACGGCUGGGAGGCCGUGCGAGCCUUCCACAAGGCCGUGACCGACGAGGUGGCGGCCGGCCGACGUGCCUGGACGGACGGCUUCGAGGACAUCAAAGCUCGCUUCUUUGGCUCCAGCCAGGGUGCCGCCUGGGACACAGAGCCUGGUCGAAAGUCAGGCCUGACCCCUCUUGGGCCCCUGCCAUACGCCACUGUUCCAAGCAGUGGCCCAGAGUCGACGGCACAGCGCCUGGCGUCUGGCUCCCAGCGGGGCAGCUUCAACAGCGAGGACAUCUGUGGCUACAUUGACCGGAGCUUCGCCUUCUGGAAGGAGAAGGAGGCCGAGAUGUUUAACUUUGAGUGACAGGGCUGCGGCAAGCCUUCCAGAAGCAGGUUGUGAGGGAAGUAUGGCUUCCUCUUUUCCUUUCCUUUUCUGGGCCACCUGGUGGCCAGGCAGGCCCAGGCCAGGCCCACAGGUGUACACCUGCCAGCCUCCGUCCCACUGUGACCAGAGGUCUAUUGAGUCGUGGCGCGCUGCUGCUCUGAGCAAGGACUGGAUGUCGGAAGCCUUCUCUGCAGGAGCCCUGGGCCCCGUGGAACCUGCAGGCAGGCUGCUUGCCAUCCAAGGGCCCGUGGCCUGGAAGUCCCCAGGCCCCUCUUCUGCUCCCUUCCCUGGUGCUCCAAGUGACCUGGGAGUCCUGUUCCUCGAUUCCCUGCUGCUUCUGGUCCCGGCCAUGUCGGAGCCUGUCCACCUUCUUUCUGAGUCCUAGGCUCAGGUCUUGCCCUGUUCCUUUGGUGACCUCCCAUCUGUGGAAGGGGGAGGAGCUGGGAGCUGGAGAGAGCGGGACUUGAUGGGCAAGAGGCCUUCCAUCAGGCAGACCACCCUCCCGCGUCCUCCAGAAGGCGGUCCACGUGGACUCGCCUGCUGCUCAUGCACAGCCACCCACUGCCAUGCUGGUGACCCACCCCAGGGCGCUGCAGAGGGCCUGGCUCCAGAGGGGAGGCUCCCUGUGUGGGUCCUCUAGCUGGCCAGACCCUCCCAGGCCAUGGCCCGAGGUGGCAGCAAGGGCUGGUCCUGGGCCACAGGGGGAGAAGCACAGGACGAGAAGCUCAAGGCUAUUGGCUCCCAAGGGCAGCACACAGCAGGCUGGGCACAGCAGGGUAUGGCCACCUCAUGGGGCCUGUGAGUGUCAGAGGGCACCCCUUCUCCAGGAGGCAGAGGGACGGGGAAGAAGACGGAUUCUGCCUCAGGGCCUCUGGUGCUACAGAGAGUUUCGUGAAGCAGGUGCUGGAAGGGAGCCCUGAUGGCUGCCUGUGGGGUGCAGCCUGCCCUAGCUCCCAGUGACAGCCAGGAAGAUGGGAGGCCACCUCGACUCUGGGGCUGUGGAGUCCGAGGAGGGCUGGGAUGGAACCCAGGGGGACUCUGGGGCGGGGCGCUUUGUGAGAUGGCCCAGCAGGUGGUGCAGGGAAAAGGUUUCAAGAAUCUUAUGCUGGCCACCACCUCCUGCAGCCAGGCUCCUGGGGACAAGGGCACAGUGGGAACAAGCCACCCUCAGGCGUCUCCUGCAGUGCCUCCACCUCACCACUGGGGCCAGGUCACCCUGGACCCUGGGAGCUCAGAGGGCGAUAGUCCAGCUGUUGGGUGGAUCCCCAGUGGAGAGCCUGCAGAGCGGCUGGGGUUCCUGUGGAGGGGCCUUGGGGAAGUGAUUUCCUUCACUGCCAAGCCCCCCAGCUGUGCUGCUGGACCUGGACCUCUGUUGCCUAAAUACAGCUCCCUGUUCCUGACCGACCUUUGCUCUGGGCUUAUCCUCAACCAGCCCGGGGAGGGCCCUGUCCACAGAGGGCCUGGUCCCCGGUGGGCACCGAGGCCCGAACCUCACCACGGGGACCUGUGUGUUCACUGCACGAGGGGGGUGGGGUCAUGGAGGGGUGGCCCGAGGGCCCAGGCCACGGCCUCAUGCUCACCAGCCUGAGGCCAGGGGCCAUGGCACCUUGGACCAAGCACCCAAGUACUCUUUCUCGGCCGAUGAGGCCCUGACGUUGGACCUCGCUGUGCCCCACAGCUGUAGACGGGCUGGCCACAGGCACUGCCCCCGCUCAUGCUGACGGAGGAUAAGCGUAGGUGGGGCGGGAGCCUGGGGUGGCCAGUGUCAGAAGGUCGUGUGCUCUAGCAUCUCCUGUGGUUCCUCCAUGACCACAUGCCAGGCGAUGUUGGCCCAAGGGUCUAACAAAGGAGGGACCUGGGGGCUGGGUGGUGGGCAGAAGACAAGGACCCUGGCCUCCAGUCACCUCUGGGCAAGGAGUUGUGCCCCUGGCUCAGGGUGUCCUGCCUGCCCACCACGGCCUCAGAAAAGUCCCUCGUGACCUCUGGACCUCAGUUUCCCAGCUAAGGUUCAGACUGAGGCUCUCGGGGGGCACCCGACAAGUAUCAGGGGACCUUGGGGCAGGCAGGCUGCCAGACAAGAGAGGUGGUGGUGGCUCAGGACCAGGCUUGUGCCCAGAAGGAAGAUGACCCCCAAAUGCCCUUCUGCAGACUCCCUGCUUCUGUGGGGAGCUGCCCCAGAGAGCUGGUUGCCUUGGCCUGGGGUGGGCCUGGGUCAACUGGUGCUUAGACAUCUCAAGGGUUCUGAUACCCUUUGGCCUGGGAGUCCCUGGCCACUCACAGCUCACCUGUGGGGAAUGGGUGUCUGGGAGCCAGCGGGGGCUGACCCACAAGGUCACACUCACAGCUGGCAGUUCUGUUUGGUACCAAUAAAUGCCAUUCUGUUGGCAAAAACUCACUGGAGACCCCAGAGGCCCACCCAUGCAUCCUGGAGGCUGCAGACUCAGGAGCGGCCAGGCAAGAAAAAAGGCUAGGAAGGGGCCUCUGCCAGCCAGGCCACGUGUGCCAGUGGAGACGCAGGAAGACGGGCCCGGGGCAGCGUGUGGGCAGCACCUCUCCCUCACGAUGGGUCGGGUUGGGUGAGGCAUGCUCGCUGCACACACCAGCGUGUGGGCUCAGGGCAGAGUGGAGCGUGCAUGCAGGUGCACGGUGUGUGUGUGAGAGAGAGAGAGAGAGAGAGAGAGACUCUAAAGUUUGUUUGAGACAAAAAAUGACAAAGAAAACUUGGAGGCCAGCCUUCAACAAGGCCCCCAGGGACCCUUGCCACCUGAAGGUCACAGCCUAGAGCCCCGGGCACAGCUGAAGCUGUGAUGUCAUUUCCAACUAGGCUACAGGACUGUGGCUCCGUCUCCAGUGUUCUGCACACUCCAGGGAACCCACAGCGGCACAGGGACCGUGCAGGACAGCCCAACAGAGGCCCCGGAGCAGCCUUCAGUCACUACAGCUUUGCCAGCCUACUUAGACACCCUGAGAGAAGCCCUGCACCAGAAUCAAACCAUAUUUGUUUUUUGUCCUGAAACACUAGGUUUGGGGGUGAUCUGUCACGCAGCUGCAGCUGACCAACACAACAGGAGUGAUGACCAGGGGCUUGCAUUCAGAUACGAGGGUCUCAUGAUCACAGAGCAGUCGUCGUCCAAACCAGUGGCCUUGAGCCAAGUACACAGUCGCCAUGUCAACAGAUCAGAGCAGAGCAGAGCAGGCCAACUUCACCUGCUGGAGAUAAAGGGGUGGCACCAAAUCCCCAGGGCAAGAAGUGGCUGGAAGGAAACUCCGCGCCACCCUAAGCACAAAAUAAGUCUCACUCGGAAGAAGAGACACCAUGACCCAGCAGGCAUGACACCCGGAGGGGAGCUGGCCAGUCUGGGCUGCGGGACCCUAUCGCGGGCCAGCUGCACUGUCUGUAGGCCAGCUGGGCCAGCCUCGGGUACCGUCGCAGUCGCAGAAGGGACUGCAGGGUCCUUUGGUCUGUGCACAGGUGUUGAAGAUGGUCGCAAACUUGAACUUGUGGGUUCAAGCUUACAGUCUUUUCUGGGGAGACAAUCGUAGCCGAACACCCUCUUCCUUCCAGCAGUCCAAGAUGGAGAACAACCUGAUGUCCACGAGAAGAGGUGACCGGACUUCACUUCCGACUUCACACGGUGCGGCAGCUCCCUCUGAGGUGAACUUAGAAGGGUGUUUUCAAACACUGACCUCGUGGGAAGUGCUGGGAUGUGGCUUCCAGUGACAAGGACCACACCACACCUUCACCCACCUUGAGACCAGCUGAGGCCUGGAGGGAGCCCACCAGGAUGUGAAGGCCCUUGUCUUAC